AUGCUACGUACAUUCCAGAGAAUUUAUUCUUCAGCAAAAUGGAGAGGUUUGUACAGUGGUGUUUGGGCGACAAUUAUGCGAGAUUGUCCUUAUUCCGGUUUGUAUCUAGCUGCAUAUACUAGUCUACGUCAGUAUACAGGUCUUUAUUCCCCAUUCCAGAAAAAUAUUGAUCCUACUGCUGAUGAUAAUAAUGUUAAGUCAUUCUUUUAUGUAUCUGGAUGUGCUGCACUGGCUGCCUGUUUUGCAACUACACUUACACAUCCAGCUGACUUGUUACGUGUUCAUCGCCAAUUGCUUAUCCGAGAAACAUGUCAUCAGCACCACCCCCACCACCAACCACACCAAUCGCCAAUGAAUCAAAAUGCCAGUUCUUAUAAAAAUCAAAAGACAAUUGAUAAACAACAAUUAACCUCCUUAUUUCAAAUAUUUCAAUGUAUUUAUACAAAAUAUGGUGUUAAAGGAUUAUGGCAAGGUUUAAGUUUAAGACUGAUUAGACGGACAAUAUUUGGUGUGACCUCUUGGACGUUAUAUGAAUUUUUCACCUGA